AUGAAGAUUAUUCCAGGACCUCCUGCAGUAGGAGUUGUUGCAGUGAUAACAGAACUGGGUCAUCCUGUGGACAUGAUUGAAAUAUUGCAGAUGGACUUUGAAAGCCGUUUGAAGCUAGCAUAUGAUGUAGUCAGUAUACUGCAGCAUCUAGUCCACUCUCCCCUCGGCUCUCUAUUAAUGAAGGACUUUCGACGGCAGCAGUUUGUUAUUGUUGGUGACACCCUAAAAUUAUCUGAUGUGGAUGAUAUAGUUCUUGGAGACCCCAAGUGCACUCAUGAUAAGGACUGCAUUCUGGAGAUCAGCAGUGGUAAACAUGUUAAAUCAUAUUUGCCAUGUAGUGCUGGGAAGUGUAAAGGCUACAAUAGCCUGAGUAAUGCAAUUCAAGCUGGGCAACAUUUCAUGCGUCUGCUGAUCCCCUAUGGAAGUCCGAAAGCUUUAGAAAAUACAAGUUCUGAUAUUCUAAACCGUCUUUUGGCUGGAAAUUUAUACUCUGAAGAAGUUUAUUCAGAGAUUCAUCGGUUAGUGAGGAAUUACUCUUCUGGAAAUUAUCUUAAAGAUACUGAGAAGGAUAUGAUUAAGUAA